AUGACCAAGUAUGAACCCGGGCAGGAGAGGCCGAGAAAGGCGGCGGCUGGGCCGGAGCUCCGUCUCCAGCAGCUCCGCCAGCGCCACCCGCGCCUCCCGCCACAGCUGCCCGUAGGUGCUGCCGCCGCCACGGACCGAGGGGGGAGGGAGAGAAAGAGAGGCCCGCCGUCAGGGGAGGCGCCUUCCUCCGCCCGGCCUGGCGCGAGGGGAGAGCGAGCGAGGCCGGAGGCGUCUGGGCUGCGGACGGGGAGGCCCGGCCCGGCCCGGCAGAGAGCCGCCCCGCCUACCCGAAGGGACAGGCGGCCCGGGGGCGGGCCAGAGACCCGGCGGGAUGUCAGGGGAGGCGCCUUCCUCCGCCCGGCCUGGCGCGAGGGGAGAGCGAGCGAGGCCGGAGGCGUCUGGGCUGCGGACGGGGAGGCCCGGCCCGGCCCGGCAGAGAGCCGCCCCGCCUACCCGAAGGGACAGGCGGCCCGGGGGCGGGCUCCUGCUAGCGAGAAACUUCCUGUUAUGUACCUAAUGGACUCCAUUGUCAAGAAUGUUGGAAGAGAGUAUCUUUCUGCGUUUACUAAAAACCUAGUUGCAACAUUUGUAAAUGUGUUUGAAAAGGCAGUUUCUCUUAAUGUUCAGCAAAAUACAUCCAGUAUGGCUUCAGUCCAGCCACCUUUGAAACCGCACGUUCCACCGCCACCUCACAUGCCAGUUAAACCUCUCCAUCAAGCUUGUCUGCCGCCUGAAAAAAACCACCUGUCUCCACUUCAUGAUGUCAAAAUGGCCAACAGAGAUCCUCGUCUCAAUAGGAUGAGUCAACAUCCUCCUCAUGCUAAAGAUCAAAGUCAUAGGAAGGAUUUUGCCAUGAGUCCAGCAAAUCAGCUUGACAAGUCAAGUAAAACUCUACAGGCUGAGAAACAUAACACCUCGAAGCAAGAAAAACUGAAGCAGGGGGACAAGAUGCAGAAGAAGGAGUUUGAGCAAUUGGAGGCAAAGUCUAAAUCAAAAUCUCCAUCUCCCUUGCAAAACAAGCUUCUUCACGCUAAAGAUACCAGAAACCAAGAGUGUGAGAACAUGAGAGCAUCUGAGAUGAGCAAAAGAGAUCCACGAUUGAAAAAACAUCUUCUGGACAAGCCUGAUGGUAAAGAUGAUGAUACAAAAGAAAAGAGAAGAAGCAUGGAGAGGAAAGAUAAAGAAGAACAUAGAUCUCUUGGAAGUAGAAGUAAAAUUAUUAAUGGUGUUGUCCAAAAGCAAGAUGCCAAUAUGGAAGAGUCAGAAAAACAGGGAGGAAAACAAGGAAGGUCAAGUAUUAGGAAAAGGUCACGUUCUCCUCGAUCUCGGUCACCAUCUUCCCAUUCCCCGAAACGAAGAGAUAGGAGAUCACCCAAACGAAGGCUGAGAAGCCUUUCUCCUUUGGGACCUAAAACUGGGAAGCUUCGACAGUUGGGGCCUAAGCCAUCCCACCCGGAAGAUUUUGGGCAAGGGUUGCGGGAUGAACGAGGCUCUAAUAAGAGGAGCCUCAAACAGGAGAUGAGGGAUUCAAGGAGGCCAAAGAAAAUACAUGAUGACCGGCCACAGGAAGGGAUGAGCCAGCACUCUUCAAGAGCAAGUUCGGAACCCAAAGAAAACGUGGAAAAUUGGCCCGGUUCCAAGUCAAGCAAAAGGUGGAAGUCCGGUUGGGAGGAAAAUAAAAAUCCUCAACCCGCUGAAGACCAUCAAGGAGCUUGCAAAUCACCUCAUCCAAGGCAUAGGGACACCUGGCCGAGUAGCAAAGGAGUGACAUCCCCUCGCACACCAAAGCAGCAACAUCGAUUAAGUGUGGAUGCUAACCUGCAGAUUCCCAAAGAAUUGACUGUGGCAAACAAGAGAGAUUUACUUAAGAAGGCAAAUGAGCGCAUGUCAUCUGGGGAAAUAACGCAAGACGAGUUCCUUAGUUUGGUUCACCAAAUUCGUCAGCUCUUCCAGUACCAAGAAGGAAAACACCGGUGUAAUGUGUGGGAUAGUCCCUCGGCGGAAAAAGGCAUUUUGAAGAAGAAGCCCCUCUUGUCCGAUGCCGAUUUAAUAUAUCACGAACAUAAAGCCAAGCUGAAAAGGACACAGGUUCAGCAUUCGUUUCCGAGACUCAACAUGUUGGAUCCUGAUGAAAUUUUAGACUACCACUUGAGCGAUGCGUUUCUUUCCGGAAUGGACUGUGAACAAACCAAAAACAAACAGUUUGGUGAACGAUCGAGGCGGCAUUCCCCCGUGGGUAGCAGUAGGCCGUACUCGGAUAGUUCAACGCAUGACAGUCGAAGAAGACACGACGAGCCCAGCUCUUCAAAAGGUGUUCGAGAAGAGCAAAGGUCUCCGUUUAGCGACCAUUACAAGAGACCGAGAUAUGAAGAUCCAGAGAAACCGUUUACUGAGAGUUCAGGAUCACGGUUUGGGGUCAUUGAUGGAAAGUCAAGAUUUGGUUCGCUGAUGGAGGAGAGAGCUCAUUUUGAGGGCUCGCCUAGACAUCCCGGUGCAAGGGCAGUCGGAGACGGACAAACAAGUCACUUUGAAGGGCCUGCUAAUACAAAUUCUAGAAUUGAAGGACCACCAGCACAGAGCAGUUUAAGGUUUGAGGGGGCCCUAGGUCAGCCUACAUCUCAAUUCGAUGCGCCUCCAGGACAGUCUGGAGGAAAGAGUUCUCUCAUGUUUGAUGGACCACCGGGGCAGAUGGGUGGUGGUCCCCUGAGGUUUGAAGGGCCUUCUGGGCAAGUUGGUGCAGGGUCUGCAAUACGUUUUGAAAGUCCUAUGGGGCAGCCAGGAGGAACUUUGAGGUUUGAGACACCCACAAGUCAAGCUAUGGGUGGCAUAAGGUUUGAAGGGCCUCAUGGUCAGCCGCCAGGUGGGAUGAGAUUUGAAGCACCUCACGGCCAGCCAUCUACUGGGAUGAGAUUUGAGGGACCACAUGGUCAACCAUCCUCUGGCAUGAGGUUCGAAGGGCCUCUUGAUCAGGCAUCGGGUGGGAUGCGGUUUGAAGGGCCUCAUGGACAGCCUUCAGGUGGGAUGAGGUUUGAGGGGCCCCAUGGCCAACCUUCAAGUGGAAUGAGAUUUGAAGGCCCUCAUGAUCAUUCUGUGAGACCUCAUGGUCCCCCAGUAGCCGGAAUGAGAUUUGACGGACCCCACAGUCAGCCUAUAGGGCCCCAUGGCCAACCUGGGGCUGGGCUACGAUUUGAAGGGCCACAUAUACAGCCAGUAGGGCCCCACGGUCAGCCAGGAGGUAAUUUACGGUUCGAAGCACCACACGGUCAGCCUCUAGGUCCACCUGGUCAGCCGGCAGGCGGUCUUAGAUUUGAGGGGCCACGUGGCCAACCAGGAGUAGGGCCUAGGUUUGAGGGGCCCCAUGGCCAGUCUGUGGGGCUACACGGACAGCCAGGGAUUGGUCCUAGAUUUGAGGGACCAGCAGGAGGUGGAGGCGGACUUAGGUUUGAAGGGCCUAUCAACCAAACUGGCCCCAGGUUUGAUGGCUGUCAGUCAAGAUUUGAUGGCCAGCCAUCACUUUUGCAAAGACUGGAUGGAUUGCAUGGACAGCCUGGUCCAAGGUUUGAAAUGGGACCUGCUCAGCAGACACCACCUCGGUUUGAUGGUCCACCUGGUCAGCCGAUACAGCCAAGAUUUGAUACGCCAAUACCUCCAAGGUUUGAAGAUCCUCAACACCAGCAGCAAGCGGCACGAUUUGAUAUUCCUCUUGGUCAAGGUCCGAGAAUGGAAAAUGUAGCAAAUCACCCCGCCUCAAGACUUGAAACACCCCCUUACGGACAAACCGGACCAUACAACGAACCUCCCAACCAGCCUUUCAGCGGGCCGUCACAAGGCAUGCAGUUUCAAAGACCAGAGCCAAUGUUCGAUUCUCCUCAAGGACCAAGCUUCAAUGGGCCACCUGUCUCCACAGCACAGACCUUUCCUAAUGCACUUAACAGGGCGCCUGGACAUUAUUACGACGACAAGAAUCUUCAGGGACCUCAGUAUGGCAACUUCAGUAAUAUGGCAGGAAACGUUCAGCAGCAGGUUCCUGUUAUAUCAGUAGGAUCUACUCAGCCUGUACCUUUCAGUCAAGGGCAGCCGCUCCUACCAGUUCAUGUUCAAAAUCCUGGUACCUUUGUCCAAAGUCAAGCAGGGAACGCCCCCCUUUCCUAUGCUGAUAAUCACCUGGGACAGCUUGAUGUGAACGAACUGUACUCAAAGCUGCUUUCAACAGGGAUCCUCAAAGUUUUAAAACCUGACUCUGCGUCCUCCCAAGCCAGUGAAGUUUCCAGCCAGCCAGCUCCAGAGGAGGAGGAGGAAGACCAAGACCAGAGCGAGGAUCAGGAUGUCCCAGACCUCACUAAUUUUGUAAUAGAAGAACUGAAACAGCGUCACGAUAGUGUCAUCAACCGGCUGUACACUGGCAUUCAGUGCUACUCUUGUGGGAUGAGAUUCACAACGUCACAGACGGACGUGUACGCCGACCACUUGGACUGGCACUAUCGGCAGAACCGCACAGAAAAGGACGUCAGCAAAGGACGUCGGAGGAAAGUCACUCACAGAAGAUGGUACUACAGCUUAACG